AUGGUGUCCGGCGUUCAACUUCAUGCCGACUGCGAGCUCCUUUGUCGUGAACAUCAGGUCACCUCACAUCUUUCUUCGCCCCCGACCUCUUGCUUCGAUCCUGACAUCCUCCGUCAGCAAACCCCGACCACCACGGUCCCUUCUGGGAUGCCCCAACCCCAGCUGCAGGUCCAGAUCGACAAUCUCAAGCUAGAGGCAAUCCCCUGGCUCGCCACCAUGACGCUCGCGCUCAGCUGGAUGCCAGCAACGCACUCGCUGCUGCCAACCUACGCGCAUGUCCUGGCGGAGCUUGUCUUCGCCUCUUACCUGACUGUCCAGGCUCGACUGCUGGAUUCUCCGAAGGCUCCCGAGCCCUUGUCGCGCGAUGUGAGAGAGCUGUGGGAGCUGUGCUUGAUGACUGGAGCUGAGGGACCCCGCGAGUUUCUCUCCGGCUGGUUCUACGGUGCUGAUUUCGAGCGCAUUCGCCGGGAGGACAUGCACGACUUUCUCGCCUGGGCAACUUUCAGCAGCACGCCAGACCGCCUGGAGAAGGAGAGCAAGCGGCUGCUGGAGGACGUUUUACAGCUGAUCGAAGAGCGGACUGGUUCUUCCUUUCGUCCUCGCUCAGCCGGCGAAUCUCCUCUUCCUUGCAUGCGAUUCAACAUCGAGCCGCUGCAGUUCACGCACAAACCUCUCCUCUACUAUGCUGUCUGUCAGUCUCUGCUCGGUUCCCUCGGCAGUUCUCAGCUCGGCAUGCUGGGCUUUGAGAAAUUCGGCUCCGAUGCCUUCGACUAUUGGAUGCGCGUUCCCAAGUCCCUGGAGGGGAGGAAGCGAACACCCAUCGUCUUCUUUCACGGCGUUGGCGUCGGGUUGGUGACCUACGUCAGCGUGCUCCGCGAGCUCGUCGCUCUUGACUGCCCCAUCCUGUGCGUUGAGAUCCCGUUUGUGUCCAGCAACUUAGAGGCCAACGUGCCGAGCAUCAGUGAGCAGGUCGCGAGCAUGGAGAGCAUCUUCGCUCGCUGGGAUAUCAGCAAGGCUUUCUUCGUCGGGCACUCGUACGGUACGGUGAUGACAUCAUGGAUGAUCCAUCACCUUCCUUCCCGGGUCGCUGGCGUCGCCCUCAUUGACCCUGUUGUGAUGAUGCUCAACCUUCGGGACAUUCUCUUCAACUUCCUCUACCGCCAUGAGCGCGAGGGCAGCAUCUCCGACCUGAUCGGCUCCGAGCUCUUCCUCAACCAUGCGCUUCGUCGCAACUUCUGGUGGUACCGCAACAUCCUCUGGGCCCAGGACCUCGAAAAGCACAAGAUCCCUUCCAUCAUCUGCCUGUCUGAAAGAGAUCAGAUCGUCCCCUCUAGUGCAGUCCUGCACCACAUCGCCGAACAUGCUGCUGGUCUCUCCGAAGCUUCUUGUGUCGAGGCGUAUGUGAUGGGGGAUGCGAAGCACGGUCAGCUCCUGUUUGAUGAAGAGAUCAGGAACGAGCUGGUCUCGAAGAUCAGCGGCAUGUGGAGGAGGGUCAAUGAGGCGACACCAGAGGAGAGCGCCGUCAUGCGAACCCCUCCUCCACCUGCAGCUCCUCGUAGCCUGACGCAGCUCGCAGUUCAGGUGCGAUGGCGUCUAAGAAGGGUCGCUCGCCCGGUCCUUCAGUUGUUGCAGCCGACAAGCGCCGCUUAG